CACCCACCCAAACCUUCGCACCACUGCCGCACGACGCCCCUCCGCUCUCACCUCCGCCGUCGCAAUGGCGAUUCGCCGGCAGCGCCGCCCCUUCCCGCUACUCCCCCUCCUCAUCUCCCUCCUCGCGGCCGCCGCCUAUGGCCGCCUCAUCUCCGACGGUUCGCCCGCCUCCACGGCCUCCUCCUCCAUCCUCAUCGCCUCCCCCGUGUCGUCCUCCGACGUGAUCCGCCUCAACACCUCCUCGCCGGCCGCCGCUGAGGCCGAGCAGUGCGAGCAGUCGUACGGCUUCCUCCCCUGCACCACCACCGUGUUCGGUAACCUCUUCCUAGUGCUCACCUACGGGUUCCUGAUGUUCAAGGCGGCCACGUUCCUGUCGGCGGGCAGUGAACUGUUGCUCGAGAUCAUGGGCCCCGGCCUUGUCGGCGGCCUCCUCCUCCCCAUUCUCGGCGCUCUCCCCGACGCUCUUCUCGUGCUCGUAUCUGGUCUCUCCGGAACUAAAGAGACUGCACAAAGUCAGGUCCUCAUAGGAAUGGGGCUGCUUGCUGGUUCGACUGUCUUUCUUCUUACCCUGCUUUGGGGAACUUGUGUUGUUGUUGGCAAAUGCGAUGUUGGGCCAAAUAAUGUUGCUAUUGAUUCAACCGACACUAAGGGCUUCAGCUUGACUGGUGCUGGCAUUUCGACUGAUGUGCAGACCAGCUACGCAGCACGAAUCAUGGCCAUAUCUGUUAUUCCCUUUGUCAUUGCUCAGUUCCCAAAAAUGUUGAAGACUCACCAUGGGGAGCGCCUAGCCAUCUUGCUGGCCCUGAUUGCAUCGUUCUCACUAGUACUCGCCUACUGCCUGUAUCAGGUUUUCCAGCCUUGGAUUCAGAAGAGGAAGCUUGCAUACGCAAAGCACAAGCAUGUGAUCUCUGGGAUCCUAAAGCAUGCCCAAAUGCAAGCACUGGGCAGGCUGCUUAACGAUGACGGCACACCUAAUGAAAACGUUAUAAGAAAGUUGUUCUACAAGAUUGACAUGGAUGAGAGCCAUAACCUGUCACGAUCUGAGCUACAUGCGCUUAUUAUUGGGAUCAAUUUUGAGGAGAUUGACUUUGACAAGGAUGACGCAGUCGACAAGAUCAUGGAUGACUUUGAUACUUCAGGCAAUGACACGGUUGAGGAGGCUGAGUUUAUCGCGGGAAUGAAGAAAUGGCUUAACGAGGCCAAGCGCAAUGUACCUGCUAGUGGUGCCUUCUCCAAUAAGUUUGUCAAUGACUACCAUGCUAGAACAAGGGAAGAGCAUGACCAGUUGGUGGACAGAUCAGACGAGGCAGUGGAGAGUGUUGAGAACCCUGGUUGGUGCAUUGCCAAAGCUGUGGGGUUCCUGCUUCUCGGUGGUGUCAUCUGUGCUGCUUUUGCAGACCCACUCGUUGAUGCUGUCCACAACUUCUCUAACGCUACGCACAUCCCGUCUUUCUUUAUCUCAUUUAUCGCCCUCCCACUGGCAACGAAUUCCAGUGAGGCCGUCUCCGCCAUCAUCUUCGCCAGCAGGAAGAAACAAAGGACCUGCUCCCUCACUUUUUCAGAGGUAUACGGAGGUGUGACCAUGAACAACACACUAUGCUUGGGUGUGUUCUUGGCGCUCAUCUACUUCAGGAACCUGACAUGGGACUUCUCGUCGGAGGUACUCAUUAUUUUGCUCGUUUGUGUCAUCAUGGGCCUCUUCACGAGCUUCCGGACCAAUUUCCCGCUCUGGACUUGCCUAGUGGCAUACCUGCUGUACCCUCUGUCACUCGCUGUCGUCUACGUCCUCGACUACGUCUUCGGUUGGUCAUAGGUUCAUGCUUCCGGACUCCCGAUUUUGGUGGUCACUCGUGUUUGAGUUCAAUCUUCUCGUAAUUUUUGACUGCUUUGUAAUUUAUCUGUCUAGACAUUGAGAUGUUUAUGUUUGUGUAGCCACGGUGUGCAUUGUGUAUCUUUGACUCUUUGUAUCUAUUUCAAGGUCGCACAUGGGUGUAGCAGUUAUCUUUGUUAUGUUUUCAUACGGAUGAUGUUCAGCAGAAAUGAACAUAAUACGGAGACAACUGAGCUUAACAUAUUUAUCGUUUUGUUAA